AUGGCUGCGAGACCACUGUCAACGAGAGCUCACUGAACGCCUACCAUGACUGUCCGCUCCGCUGUCUGGAUCCUCUCAGAAUGUAUUUCCUCGGAGUCGCUUCUCACUUUGCAUUCGCGGGAGCUAGCCCGUCGCUAGUCGCCCAGCUGGCGACCUAAACAAAAACAUUUCUUUUUGCACUUUAAAACAAGUUGGCUGGCUGACGGCCGUCGGCUUGCUUCUUGUAUGCGAGAACUCAUCGGCGAUUUUUUUUUACGAAAACUGCCUGAUUUCUCCGGUUUGCGAAACCUCCUAACGGUCGACGACGUACAACGCGAACCAGCGUGAACGUCAGCUAAAAUUUUUGCUGCUUUUAAAAGUCAUUUUAUUCGUGUUCAUUUUUUGUUUUGUUGCUCCCCUCCCCGCCCCCAGUAUAUUAUGACGUUUUAACAAACAUUUUUUGGCUUGUGUAUGUCACGGCAUUUUUCAUAUUAUUUUUUGCUCAAAGCAUUAAUAACCGUACUUGCUGUGUAUAUAUAUCUGGCUGAGUAGCCGUUGUUUACCUCGGUAUCUUCUCACCAAGUCGGCUUAUCUGCCAAGUCUGACUGUAACUACGACAGAAUCAUUGCUCCAUCUCUUUUUACGGGUAACUUUAGAAAAGACAUCGGAGAAUGCUUUUCUGCAAAUAUUUUCUGCCAUGCACCGACUCUUCACUGAAAGCUGCCAAAGCUCUGGUUGACGCAAGCUGAGAGAAGCUAGCAACAGAAGAAAGAGAACCAUUUGAUGGAAGAAAAGAAAAAGAAAAAACAAGAAGAAAAGACCAAGACAGAAGUUGCUCAGAACAAGGCUGCUGAUCAGAAACCCAAAGUGCCAGAGCCUGCUCCCACUAAGCCCAGUCUCGGCCCACCCCACCACCUUCACCCUGCCAGCCCUACGCUGCCCCUCUCCUCCUCCUCUUCCUCCUCCUCUUCUUCUUCUGGCAAUGGCAAGCGUGCCUCCUCCAGUAGCCAGCACCCGACUCAGACUCCCCCUCAGCAGCAGUGCCAGUUGUCCUCUGCCAGUGCUCGUUACCCGCCCAGAGAGGUGCCCCCACGUUUCCGCCAGCAGGAGCACAAGCAGCUACUGAAGAGAGGCCAGCCACUGCCUGCAGGAGCCCUGUGCACUCUCACCCUCUCUUCCUCCUCCUCUUCCUCCUCCUCUUCUUCACCCUCAUCAUCUUACUCUUCUUCUACAACUACCAGCACCACUACCCCCAAUUCUGCCACAUCCACUGCGGGCAUUCGCCACCAAGACAUAUCCCCCCAGAGUGGCCCUGCUGCCCAGUAUGAGACCUCUCAUUGGGGAAGCUCUUUGCAAGUUGACAGCCCCUCCAGUGCCAACAGCUGGGACAAACUGAUUAUUGACAGAAGUGACACAGAAGCUUGGCCCUCAAUCAGCCGCAGCAGUGACCCCAGCCACCCUGCAGCACCAGAAUGCCCCUUGGGCUCGGCUUGCUCUAACCAAGACAACAGUACUGUCACUACCACCAGUAGUAGUAGUUAUCUGAGUAUGGCCACAGGUGCCGCAGGCCAGCAGGCCCACUACCCCUCACUCAAACCUAACAAUACAAUGAUGACGGGACCUGGGUCAGCUAACGCAUUAGGUGGUAAUAGAGGCUGGGGUUCUGAUGGGAAACAAGAUGGUAUGAAUAGUGGCCGAGUUGGAGGGCCCAGUAGCUGGGGCUCACCCAAUUUUAACUUGAACCUCAAUCCCAAUGCCAAUCCAUCAGCCUGGCCUGUUCUGGGCCAUGAUGGUGGUGGUGUUGGCUCUAAUGGGAUUUCAAACUCCCCAUCCCUCCCACCAGGUAUUAAUGGAAAUGGAAACAUGAGCCUUGGAGGUGCAGAUAACGGUGGGGGCGGUUGGGUUAGUAUGAUAAGUGCUAAUGAAAAUGAUCAACAGCACCCUUCAACCAACACAAGCUUGUCCUUCAAAAUGGAACCUGCUAACCUUAACACUGAUGGACCAAACCACACUAAGCAGCAGCAGCAAACUCAGGAGCCUAUGAGCCCUAUCCAUGGGGUGACUGGCUGGGGAGGCCAGUCACCUACUGAAUCAUCCCAGCUCAAUGGGGACACAACAGGCAGCUCUGUAUGGGGAAGUGGAGAAACUAAGGCAGCUGACUCUCCCAAGGACUCAGGCUGGGACUCAACUCCUUCUGGAGGCCUUUCUGCUUGGGGUCGUCAAGGCAGUGGUGGUGGGAGUAGUGGAAGUGGUGGCUGGGGUGACUGGGGGAAAUCCUCAAGUGGCGGAGAUGCAUCUAAAGGCUGGGACUCGGUAGAAGCUGGUAGUUCUGGCUCAGGCCAAGAGCAGCAACUUAAUGCAUGGGGCAUGCAGUCUGGAACAGCCCCUGCAAGUGAGGGUAGUGGGGACAGCAGUGAAGGUCGAUCCCAACACAAAGAUAGAUCCUCCAGCAUGGAUUUUUCCCCUAUUGUACCCCGUCAAGACCUGGAUCCAAGGGUGCUGAGUAAUUCAGGUUGGGGACAGACCCCCAUCCGCCAGCACACUGUUUGGGAGAUGGAAGAAGCCAACUCUGACGAUGGGAAAAGCAACAGCAGCUCAGACACCUUAGGAGGCUCCAGUUCCAAUGGUGGACCAUCAUCCACUAAUGGAGGUACCAUCAAUCCAAACAUUGGCCCCAAUCAGAGGCCAGGGUCUGGAGGUAGAAACGACAGCGAAGGAUCAUCAUCUGGCUGGGGCCCCCCUCCACCUCAGCAAAUCCACUCUGGAUCAGGAUGGGGGGAACCCCCACAGACUGUAAGCAAAGCCCAGAAUGGCACUAGUGGGGGAUGGGGAGAUGCUGUGUCAUCCAAUGGUCCUAGAAGUGGGAACACAGCAUCCUGGGGUUCUGAGAAUAAGUCUCCAAGUUGGGAUGAUGGCAUGUCAAAAAGCCAGCCUACCAGCUGGGGAGAGACUCCUAAAAGCUCCCAUGGUUGGGGCAACAGUAAUGGCAGUUCUAAUGGUUCCAGCACAGGGGACUGGGGAGAGCCAGAGGUUAAGAACAAUGGAUCAUCCAGCAGCAUGUGGGAAGGUGAAGGAGGGAAUGGAGGAAGUAGUGGAUGGAAGGAAAGCCCCAGGGGAGGAAACAGAAGUGGUGGCUGGGGUAAGCCUGCUCCUACUGUGAAUAAUAGCAGCUGGGGUGAAAGCCCACACUCCAACGGGCCAGUACAGGGUAGCUGGGGCUCCACCAAGCCCCAAGAAAGCAGCAGCAGUAGUACUGGCAGUGGAGGAGGUGGCAGCAUUGGUUCAUGGGGUGGCCCUGGCUCUGUAAAGCAGAGUUCUUCUGGCUGGGGCAACACUAGCAAACAGGACCAGAACAUGGAGCCCACUGGCUGGGAAGAGCCCUCCCCUCCUUCCAUCCGCAGAAAGAUGGAGAUUGAUGACGGAACAUCCACCUGGGGUGAUCCCAAUGCCUACAACAAGACUGUCAACAUGUGGGAUCGCAACAAUCCCAACAAUAACCCAGGCAACAGUGGCCCACCUGCAGCUAAGAAUGGUGGAGUAAUUAUCCCCAACAAUAACAACAACAAUCACUCUGUUGUCCCUGGCAACAACAAUCACCAUCACACUCACCAUAUGCACCACCAUCCCCAUCAUGGCCAACCGCCAACUCACAUGCAACACCAUGGGAACAACAAUGGGUCACCCAACAAUGGCACCUCACACCCAGGUGUGGGCCCCCAGGGAAGACCUCCGAUCGCCAACCCAGGUUGGGGAGAGCUUCCCAGUGUCCAACCCAAGUCGGAGCCUGCUUGGGGAGAGCCAGCAGCUCCAACAUCAGCUGUAGACAAUGGUACCUCUGCCUGGGGCAAACCCCCAGGGGGGGUUGGAGGAUGGGGAGAUGGUGGCCAUGAGCCCUCUGGACCCUAUGGCAGGGCCAAUGGACCCCCAGGUCCUGCACCCUGCAAGCCAGGCCCCAAACCUAUGCAAGAUGGCUGGGGAAGUGGAGGAGAAGAGAUGGGAAUGUCUACUGGCCAAUGGGACACUGAGGAUGGGGACAUGUGGAACAGCCCCACCUCCCAGGAGAGCAACUCUUCUUGCAACUCCUGGGGAAAUGGACCCAAGAAGGCCCCGAUCAAGGGGAAGAUUGUCAACAAGCCAGAUGAGAUGUGGAUCAUGAAUCGUCUCAUCAAACAGCUCACUGACAUGGGCUUUCCGAGAGACCCUGCUGAGGAGGCUUUGAAGAGCAACAACAUGAACCUCGACCAGGCUAUGAGUGCACUGUUGGAGAAGAAGACGGACCUGGACAAGCGGGGAAUGGGCAUGACUGAUUACAGUAAUGGUAUGAACAAGCCCCUGGUGUGUCGGCCCUCAGCACUCUCCAAAGACCCCUCUGACCGUAACACCUUUCUUGACAAGGAUGGUGUUCUGUCAGAUGACAACCCUCCAUCACCGUUUCUGCCUUCCCCCAGCCUGAAGCUCCCCCUGGCCAACAGUAACCUUCCUGGGCAGGGUCUGGGACAGGGCAACCCGGGGCUGGCCAUGCAAAACUUGAACAACAGACAGAUACCCAGUGGAAUGUUUGGCAGUAGUGGAGCAGCACAAACCCGGGCCAUGCAGCAGCAGCCUCCUCAGCCACCAGUGCCACCUCUCAGCUCCUCCCAGCCUAGUCUACGUGCUCAAGUGCCUCAGUUUCUCUCCCCUCAGGUCCAAGCACAGCUCUUGCAGUUUGCAGCAAAAAACAUUGGUCUGAAUCCUGCACUUUUAACCUCACCAAUAAACCCUCAACAAAUGACUCUCUUGUACCAACUUCAGCAACUGCAAAUGGCAUACCAGCGUUUACAAAUCCAGCAGCAAAUGAUGCAGGCGCAACGCAAUGUUUCCGGCCCCAUUAGACAACAAGAGCAGCAAGUUGCACGUACAAUCACCAACAUGCAGCAGCAGAUCCAGCAGCACCAGCGUCAGCUGUACCAGGCGCUGCUGAUGAAGCAGCAGCAACUUCCCUCUCAUUCCUCCUCUUCCUCCUCCGCUGGUCUGCAUCCCCCCGGUGGCCCCACCGGAGGCCCUGGCUCCAGCAAAUCAACCCUGGAUCCCUUCACAGGCCCACACCAGGCUCCGGGCCUUGCCGACACACUGCACACCAAAGACCCGCCGUCUUCGCCAAACGCCUACAGCACCUAUCCUCUCUCUGGACUGAAUCCAAAUAUGAAUGUAAACUGCAUGGAGGUUGGGGGUCUGUCCCUGAAGGAGCCCCCUCAGCCCCAAUCCCGCCUGUCCCAGUGGACACACUCUAACUCCAUGGACAGCCUCUCUGGCAACUCCUCAAACAUGGAGAACAACCUCAAUAAGCACGGUGCCAUAUCUGCUGCCUCUACCCUGGGCCCCCCUGGGAAGCCCUCACAGCUGGAGGACUCAUAUAGCCCUUACAAUCUAAUGUCCAGCUCUGAGUCCCCUACCAGUCCUCUGGGUCCCCCAGACAGCUGGGGCCAGGGCAAGAGCCCCAAUGAGAAGAUCACAAAUGGGACCAAUAUUAACUGGCCUCCAGAGUUCUGCCCAGGUGUGCCAUGGAAAGGCCUUCAGAACAUCGACCCUGAGAAUGACCCAAACAUGACACCUGGCAGCGUCCCCAGUGGUCCUACGAUCAACACCAACAUCCAUGACGUCAAUCGCUACCUACUGAGGGACAGGAAUGGAGCCACAUCCCCAGCAUCUCCACUUCAGAAUGUGUCUCUGCCUCCGACCAGCAGCAACUGGCCAGUCAGUGGCUACUCUAGCUCUUUCAGUCUGUCGUCCUCUGAUGGAGACAGCUCAGGCAAACUUUCUGAUAUGAAGUCCACCUGGUCCCCAGGGCCAAUCUCCCAGAGUCAAGCCUCUCUGUCCCAUGAGCUGUGGAAAGUCCCGCAGGGGCCUCGCAGCACUACAGCCCCAUCCAGGCCUCCGCCAGGCCUCACCAACAACAAGCCUGCUUCCACCUGGGGCGGCAACUCGCUGGGCCUCGCACAAGGCUGGAGCGCCUCUUAUUCCUCUGAGGGAACCUCCUGGAGUACUGACUCUAACAGGACCAGCAGCUGGCUGGUGCUAAGGAAUCUCACCCCACAAAUUGACGGCUCGACUCUGAGGACCCUGUGCAUGCAGCACGGCCCCCUGAUCACAUUCCAUCUCAACCUGACCCAGGGGAACGCCGUGGUUCGCUACAGCUCCAAGGACGAGGCUGCAAAGGCCCAGAAGUCUUUGCACAUGUGUGUGCUUGGAAACACCACCAUCCUGGCAGAGUUUGCUGGCGAGGAGGAGGUGAACCGCUUCUUUGCACAAGGCCAGUCGCUAGGGGCAAACACCACUAGCUGGCAGGCCAACCAGGGAACCAAUCAAAACCGGAUGGGCGGGACAGCGCAGUCCCACUCUAUUGGCCAGUGGAGCAGCGGCAGUGGUGGAGGCAAGGCCAGCGGAGGCGACCUGCUGUGGGGCGGCGUGCCCCAGUACUCCAGCCUGUGGGGGCCGCCCAAUGGAGAAGAUACCCGCGUGAUUGGGAGUCCCACCCCCAUUAACACCCUGCUGCCUGGAGACCUGCUGAGUGGGGAGUCAAUGUAGGGCCAUGCCACGAUACACUAGCCAUCCAACCCAGGACCACCAUGUCACAGAAGCCAUUGGUGGAGGGUGGGGUGGAAAAAAAUACAAAAUGACAAGAAAAAAUUCAAUAUGAACAGGAGCAAACCCAAGCAAAUCAUGUGGUGAUAAUCAGUAUCAGAACUUUUUUGAACUGUGAAUAGUGAAUCAGAAGGUGGAGGUCCAAACCACACAGACUUCAGACCUCCACUCCUUCUGUUUUACUUUUUCUUUUUUAUUUAGUUUACCCGAUUUCUAUUUUAUUUUUUUAAACCUUUUUUUUUCUUUAGUAUUGUCGAAGCGCAUCAUAUAAAACUGAAACUGAAAUGAGACACAACACAAAAACCUUCUAAGUGUUUUUAGUUUUUCCAUAAGUAUACAUGACAUUCUAUGUGAAGUGUUUUUAGGAGAAGCAAUCAAAGCUGCCAUCUGAGACUUUCCUUUUCCCCCAAAAAAAGAAAAAGAAAAAAAUCAUCCCAAAAUAAGACUUUAAACAACCAUUCCCAGCAUGUCCAUGGCCAAUGACGUGGUUCAAAGACCUUUACUAGUUAUGUUAACAUUUGUUUCUCAGCACUAAUAUAAGCCUUAAGUGCUCUCUGGCCCAGGUCCUUCCCAAGCCGCCUUUUUAGUUUGUUUUAUAACUGAAGAAAUAGCUGAAAUCUUGCACAGUUUCACCUCUGAGCUAGUGAGUGGUACAGGAAAUGACUGGUGACACAGUGUGUCACCAGGCAGACAGAAGGCCUGGCCACAACUGGCCCACCAAUCAUCAGCUUAAUUAUUUUAUCUCGUCUUGUCAAAGGGAUUGACACCGAUCUUGUCUUUUUUUGUAGGCCUAUAACCAAGCGCUUUUAAUAUCUAUCACAACAUAUAAGCUGAGAGAAGAUUAUUUGUUAACCUCGUUGCGUGUCUCUGUUUGUCCAGUGGCACCUAAUCAUUGACGUCUGCAAGCCUACAUCCUUCUGAUCACCUUUAAUUAGAACCCAGUUGCUUACUGGUGCUUUGUUGAUUUUUUAUUGUCUUAUUUGUUCUGAAGCCCGGUGGUCUGUAAGGGCAGUCAGUUUUCAGAGGAAAACAAAAAAAAAAAAAGAACAUAAUUUCACCUUCAUGUGACAGUUACAUUGUGCAAUAUACAUCAUAGAUCUCUCUUCCGUCCAUACUCGAUGUCCUGGAGCUGGUUUCUCUUUUUUCUUUUUUCUUUUUUUGUUGUGUCUAUUUUGUUUUUUUUAAUGUUGCUGAUUGCAGCAAAAGACUUUGGAACUUCAAAACAAAACCUUACUCCCCUUUUGAAAACUUGGAUUCCCUCCAGGCUGCCAAUCCCUCUGAAGCUGUUGGGAAAACUCGGCAAAGAGGAAGCAGCAGCUGUAAAAGUGUGCAUACAGCAAACUGUUCUGAAGAAUGACACUGGUUACACAAUAAUGCACACUUCCUCUCUGCACGCCACAGCCACACCCAACAGAGACUGAAUCCACGAUGGGAUUGGACGGUUCUGGGUAUCUGGCACAAUACCAAAUAAGAGGGGUUUCCUCCUAAUGCAGUAGACCUACGAGUGUUCCUUGCGUUUGGUACUGUACAAACAGAAGAGACUAAGACUUUUAUAAAUUCAAAGGGUUUUAUCAUAGCACUUAUGAAGAGCAAAUCGCUUCAACUGCAAUCCAAUAAAUCAAAAAAGGAGCAACAAAAACCUUAAAAAUGACAAAAAAACAUCCUGCUCUUUAUGUACUAUAUCUUUUCCUUGGAAAUGUGUCUGACAUCGUUCUUCUGGUAGCAGGAUGAAGGGAAGCUAAACUGAAAUGUACCAUUGGACUUUGGGGGAAGAAAAACUGCAGUCUAUGAUUUUUCUUUUUGAACAAUAUCAAAGUGAAUAUCACUGUUACUCCAAAUGUUUCGCCUUGUUCUGUCCAGAGGCACUAGACUUGCAAUGUCAGCUGUCUCUGACAUCACUGGCCAGCCAGUGGGAGUGGGGUGUUGGAGGGGGAGUGUCCACUGAGUGCCUCUCUGCUGUGGUCCUCUGGGUGUCAAGCGGUAGCCCCCCACACACACACACACACACACCCACACACACACACACAGCACAGCACUUCCUCCCGGGCUCCACUUGACCCUCUCGGCUAGAGAAAAAAACGGCACCUCCAAGACUGGCCGAUCACGGCUCUCUCCACACAAGGCAUCUCUAACACAGGGGUGGGGGCUGCUGUUGCUCUCCGCCCUCCUCCCCAUCUCUCAGUUCUUUGACACAAAGAUCACUUUAGCUGGAAGAUGUUUUAUUAGUCAUAUUUCUGGAAUUUUGCCAGUGUAGUUUUUAUUUUGAAAAGAUGGUUUGACUUUAUUUUUUGGAUGUGUUGUUUUGUUAUUUUUGUCUACAUGCAGUGGUCUGUGAAUACUGGCUGCUGAACUAGCCCUUCACUGUUCAUAUGCAGAAACACUUUGGUCAGAGGUGCCUCUGUAUGUUCAUCCUGUGUAUUGAAUGCAAAACAAGGAUCAAUACUACAGAGAGAUAUUGAUUGUCUAUUUGUUUUGAACUGAUCAUGCUUUUGUGUUUGACAGUAUUCUGUAGUACUUCCAGGUUGUAUCUUGAGAUGUGUAAAAAUAGGGUGUCUCAAUGGGGGGGUGUGGGUGUUUGCUGUCCAAGCUGCUCCGCCUGCCCGCAGGCUGUCCCCCCUCACCCUUUGCCUAGCUGCUAUGCUACGGCCUCCCCUCCUCCUCCUCCUCCACCACCUCAAACCAGACCCAGUAGCCCUUUCCUGACCAGGCACCAACAGGCCCUCCUAUCUGUUUCUAUGCAAAAGACGAGAGGCUGGGGCCCUUUACAGCACGCCAAACCUGGCCUGGGAAUGAGCACUUCCUCCCAGAGCUUGGCAAACCCAAACACUUGUCCCCCGUGCUCUUCUGUCAGCACUUCUGCCAUGUUUGUUUAGUCGGGCUAAAGCCACCAGAACACUGUCGUACUCUAAAGUUAACACUUUAUCAAAGGUGGGCCUUCUCUCUGCGCUGAAGACACUUCUGUCCAGCUUGAUCUCAGGGUAGGGGAGUUGAUUAUACAUAGUAUGAGAUGCAGCUCUCCAUAUCUGUCCUUUCUACUGUGAGAGCAAAGUCUUAAAUUAAAAAGGCAACGAUAUGUUCAGACCUCAUGCCUCCAGCUGAAUCCUAAUUGAACAGGAAACAUUUUCCUAAGGUGGCCUGUCGUAACUGUUUGGGGGCCUCUUAAUCUGUAAAAGAUGCCAACAUAUUGUGCCAAUAUAAAUUUGCUGUGUCAUACUGUAUCUUUAUAGAGAGCACUUCUGUUCCCUGAUUGGAGGAGCUUUGAUAACCUUUGCAGAGGGUGAAGCAGGGGACAGGAGGGAUCAAACAAAUGGGCGGCAGCAUCACACCCUUACAUGUCUGAGAUUUUUUUUUAAUGCUUUUGUGGGGAAUACCCCAUGCUAAGGAGAAAAUCUUUACUCAGUUGGGGGUUCCAGUUUGCUACAGUGCACAGUUGAUGAUGGGUAAUCCCGGGUACAUAUUUUUUUAAAACCAAAAAUGAAAUCGCAUUUUAACGUCAUUUUUAUGAAGUUUGACAUAAAAAUCUUAAAAAUGCUUAAAAAAUCUAAAUGAAAAAAAAUCUAUAAUAUGUUAAAAGCUCUGCACUUCUAGCUGAAACAUCUCCGGUCAUCAGCCUCUACUACCACCAUCUAAAGGAGUAGACUGGUGGCCGGGGUGCCUUUUUGUGGAUGCUGUAUUUAUCUUUAUGUUUUUGUGUCCUGCUCAAAGCGGACCCUCUGAACUGUACAUUUCCACAGACCCAGAUGGCUUGGGCCCACUGUAUCAGCCUCACUCUCCUCACUCUGCAUCAGCGGAGGGGAGGGGCACAUUUCAAGAGGUACAAAGUCUUAAAACAUUUUACAAAAAGUUAAAAAAAAAAAAAAAAGUUAAAAAAAAAAAAUGAACAAGAAAACAGGAAAAGGCUACCUUUCAGGGCUCCCAGUCCUGCAGCACACAAGCAAAAAUCACUAUUGCCUGUUUCUGUAACUGCCUUGAUCCAAGCUCAGACAGACCCAAUAGCCGAGGACCUCCCAGCAUCCUGUACUAACUGGAGAACCCUGACAGUGAAGGGGGUUUCCCAUGCUGCACCAGCAUCGAGAGGCUCUCCUCUCUACAGCUCUGUUCUAGAUAGCAGUAUAUAUGUAUACACUACGUAUGUAUAUACUGUGAGUGUGGUGUGUGCUUUCACCUCUUCAGACUUCUUGGAUCGUAACCUCCGACACUUUUCAUUUUUCUUUGAAAGGUCUUGGUUUCAUACAACUGAAAAAUGAGCAAUAUGUAUUUUUCCCCGCAAAUAAGUGAUACGAAGGAAAGAAUUGGGGUCGGAUGUAAACUGAUACUUGAUUGACUGAAAGCUGCGUCUUUCUUUUAUGGAGAUAGAUAUGCACGUUGUGGUUUGAUGACAUAUGACAGUACUAUGAAGUGCUUGUACUGUACGUAUGUGUAUUUGUUUGUUGAUUAGCCUGUCUAAAAGCCCAAUCCAUGCAGUUAAUGAAAAAAAUCACAAACAUAUCAGAACGUAAUGAAAUAUUGAACACAAAUACUUGAAUCAUGGAACGCCAAUAACGUAAUGUGAAGUCAGAAAAUCUUUUUUGUUCUCUCCAUCUGACAGGUACACUUUUGGGCUUUUAGAGAAUAUAAAAAAAUGUAUUGCAUUAAGUUACAAAUAUAAAAUCAUUUAAAAAAUGCAAGAGUGAUCUUAGAUGUGUGCUUGAAAGUCAGAUUUUUGUAUGAAUGUGUGCGCAAGAAACUGUUUGUGUAGCAGGCAUAUGCCUGCUGUUAUGUUCCACUCAGUAUGUUAAGUUUGUGUCUGUUUUUAUCUUUUUUUUUUUUUUUUUUUAAAUUGUCAUUCUGUCGAAACUAUUCUGAUAGACGUUAUUAUCUUCUAACGUUGCACUGAGUGUCUUCUACCCCUCGCUCAGCUAAUCGUAGAGAAACGAGUCUAAGUACGGAGGGGAGAUGGUGACAAUUCAUGUGUACAUGUUUACUCAAGGACUUAAUGGAUUUUUUUCUUUCUAUCUGUAAAAAGUUUAUCUACCUUAUAGUGGCUUUUAUUGUGGAAUAAUCCAAGACAAGGAUUAUCAUUGAGUAUUGCACCAUUUUGUUCCAAUGAUUGAAAAAUGUGAAAAAAAAAUCUAAAAAGAAAAAAAGUACAAAAAAAAGAAAAAAAAAAAAGAAAAAUGUAUAGAAAAAAUUAAGAACUGUGGCCAUAGCUAGCUGUAGAAGGACUAGUAAUCCCUAUGUUAACUUCAUGGAGAAAUGGAAAGGGAUAAAGUGUGGGAGGUGAGUUUGUUACAAGACUCCUUUCAGAGGUGCCUAUCUUUUCUGUUUUUUGUUUUUUGCAAAAGCCACCUGUCGUUUACAAGCAUUUCAUUUGUCUGAAGUUCAAGGAGAUAGGAUAGAAAUUAAAAACAGGAAUGUUGUAAAAAAAGAAUAAAAGGACAAAUUUCAUCUUCCAUCAGAUAUGGACAUGAAAAUCUUGCAAAAUGAAGAUUUAUGCUACUUUAAGAUCUCUGGGAUUGAUCAGUGUUGUCAUAUUUCAAACAUUUAUUUCUCUUUCAGUGUCGACAGACUAUCUCUGUAUGUAUCGAGUUUUGAUUUUUAUGUUUUCUGCAAGCGACGCAGUUUGCUCACAAUCUUGCACAUUCAUAAAAGAUGUGGAUUUGUCUCAGGAAGGCCAGGGUUCAAGAUACCAACUCCAUUAUUUCUAGACUUAAUGUUUUUAUGAAAAAAAGAAGCUGAAAACAACUCCAAGCAAGCACUGAAGGUUAUGAGUUUAACAGAAUAUAGAGUACCAUUGUUUCUUUAAAACAACAAAAAAAUGUUCGUAGCAAGUUAUAUAUUUACCAAAUAAGACUGAGAAUCAACUUUGAAAAAAGUGGAGUGCUUUACAUGUGAAAUCUAAGUAGAAAUUGCUUUACAUUUAAACAAUGAUCAAUGGUUUUGAUUGUCGAAAUGACGUUGACAGAAAAUGUAUUUGUUUGUUUUGACUGUGUGUCUUUAAGUUUCCAUCCUGUAGUCCAGGAGCAUCGUGCAAAAAGUUUGUGUUAUAAUCAUCUCUCCUGUCCUUGAAUGCGUCUGUUCCUGUGACGGGUUCUGUCAAACAUUGAGAGAUUUCUUAACAUGAAACAGAUGGUUUUCAGAGGCAGGUUGAAGUGGAGGAAUAAAGCUGGUUUUUAAAAAGGAUCAUGAUCUAUGCACAAGUGGGAGGGAAGAGUCCAAACCUAGCUGCUGUACUGCGGGCGUUUGUCGACUCAUACUCUGGGGUUCAGGGUUCGAUGUAGGGUUGUUCUUCUUUGUCUCUUGCUCAAAUUUCCUCCACUCUUACUUCCCCCUCCCUUCCCCAGCCCCCUCCCUUUUUUCAUCAUCAUUUAAUGUUUUAGCAAAACUUUACAUUGCGUCGCCAUGCUGUGUAAUCCUUAACCAAUGAGCGCUUAUCCUUCUGCUAAAGCACUGUGGGUUGUACUGAAAAAAAAAGCCCAUGACUUUCAAGGCUGUCUGUUUUUUAAAGGGAGGGGACGGGUGGGGGAAUGGGGGUACUUUGCCUUUGCCUUUCUCUUUACUUUGAAAAAAAAAAAAAAAAAAAAACAUUAAGGAAAAAUGUCUGUAACUGAAAUACAAAGUUGUGGCUUUUAAUGUUGUUCUUUUUUCUCCUCAUAGAAUGUGAUUGUUAAGGACAUGCACCAGAAAAAAUGUUUCCAUUGAUUAUGGAGCUUCUUUCGGACUAUAUUAAUAAACUACAAAUUUUCUUG